CGCCUUCCUUCUGGAUCUGUAGUCGCUGCGUUCAUCGCCGGUGGAGUGUUGCGUGCGGUGUCCUAAUAUUUUACGCUUAAACCCCUUUUAUACACGCCACGGUCCACUGAACGUCAAUGAUGGGUAAGAAAGAAGAAGAAGAGAUCAUCAGGAUCGCAAAGAAGAUGGAUAAAAUGGCACAAAAGAAGAAUGGGGCUGGGUCGCUAGAUCUGCUAAAGGAACUUAAGAGUAUACCCAUGACCCUGGAGCUGCUGCAGUCGACGAGGAUCGGGAUGUCGGUCAAUGCCAUCCGCAAGCAGAGCACAGACGAUGAAGUUACCUCGCUGGCCAAGUCUUUGAUCAAGUCCUGGAAAAAGUUGUUGGAUGAACCUGCUGGAGAGAAGAACGCGGAGGAGAAAAAGAAGGAACGCACAGCACCGGUGGUAUCUCCAUCACAGGACAGCCCGGAGCCCAAGGAGGAGAGCUCGAGCAGUAAUUCCAGCAGCAAGAGCGAGUCUGCUGAUGCCAACACAUUGAUAGCCACUUUCCCACGAGCGCCAAACACAUCUGAUUCAGUCCGUGUCAAGUGCAGGGAGAUGCUGUCAAGUGCUUUGCAAACAGGAGAUGACCACAUUGCUAUUGGGGCUGACUGUGAUGAACUUGGGUCUCAAAUUGAAGAAUGCAUCUUUGUGGAAUUAAAAAAUACGGACAUGAAAUACAAGAAUCGCGUACGAAGCCGAAUCUCCAAUCUCAAAGAUGCAAAGAACCCCAACCUGAGAAAGAAUGUUUUGUGUGGAAAUGUGAGCCCAGACCGCAUUGCAAAAAUGACAGCAGAGGAAAUGGCAAGUGAUGAGCUGAAGGAGAUGCGUAAGAAUCUGACCAAAGAGGCCAUCAGGGACCACCAGGUGGCCACUUCUGGGGGCACCCUGUCUGACCUGUUUACUUGUGGAAAGUGUAAAAAGAAGAAAUGUACUUACACCCAGGUUCAAACUCGGAGUGCUGAUGAGCCGAUGACGACAUUUGUCUUCUGCACUGAAUGUGGAAAUAGGUGGAAGUUCUGCUGAAGUUAGGGGGUUCUCUGUUUGGAGAGGUAGCUAAAUUCCAGGACCAUGUUUCUGUAUCAUUGACAGUUAGAAAUCUUGAAUUCAACGGUGCACAUGAUGUACAAAGGCCCCAAUAUAUACGAUCACUGUUUUAUAUAUUUCAAUGCUCCACAAACUCAUGUCCUGUGUUUUAACUUGAUGUAUAGCUAGGCCGUAGGCCUCUGGACUUCGAUCAAUGUUGUUAAAUUUCAGUUUCUUUUAUUGUCACUUUUUAUACGUAGUUUAACAUUUUGACAACAUUUACAUAGUUUUGCUUUGGCCUAAAUCUAGUCAAAACUAUUUAAUUUUCCUUAAAUUUGCCCAAUACAUUUUAAAAAUGAAAUGUUUUAGUGUAUGUUUGGUUUUGUCAGCAGCUCAAGGAUUUUUAACCCGAUUCAUUUAGAUACUUUGAGUCUUUUUGUCACUCUGAAUUAUACAUAUUUAUAUGCAUGAUCUACAAAUUUUUACUGUGUACAUGGCUUUUACUUUGAGGAGUA